CCCACCCACUUCCUCUUUACAGCGGAUCUCAGUGACGCAGUUGCUGCUGCUGAUUGUUACAUCUCCCCGAUGAAGUUCACGUCAUCCCAAUAGGAGCCUGAGCUUCUUCUUUGGUUCCUUUCAUUGGCUUCAAGCUCUUUUCAGCGGCAUCAGCUCCCUUCGGCGGCUCCCAGCUUCCCUGGUCCACAAUAAAUUGGCCAUUCGCCCAAAUAGCCAGAUUGCCAGACCAGAUUGCACUAAUUGAAAUGCUACAAGAGCCGAAUCACUUAUAUUUCCAUAUUUAAUGAUGGCAUUUGCUGAUCUGAGAUCUGAGUUAACCUGCUCCGUGUGCCGGGAGAUUUAUACAGAGCCUGUAACUCUGCCGUGUGGCCAUAACUUCUGCCGGGACUGUAUUGAGGGAACAUGGGACUGGCAGUUGGGGAUAGAGGAAGAUCCUUCCUGCCCUGAAUGCCGUCACAGAUACAGAAGACGCCCUGAACUGAACAGAAACCGGAGGCUGCAGAGCAUAACAGAGCAAUUCCGUCCUACACGACCAGAGCAGGUGGGUGCUGGGAUCUUCUGCACCUACUGUGACUCCUCUGUACCUGCUGCUAAAUCUUGUCUGCUGUGUGAGGCUUCUCUGUGUGCUCAUCAUUUAUUAAAACACAGCAAGUCUGAUAAACACAUUUUAAUUGAUCCAGUGAAACCACAGGAGAGAGGAACAUGCUUCAUACAUGGGAGGAACCUGGAGUUUAACUGCACUAAAGAUGGGACCCGUAUCUGUGCAUCCUGCUGGCUGGCUGGGGACCACCGGGGCCACAAGGUGGAGCUGCUCAGUGAGAUGAAGAGACGGCAGCAGAGUCUGAAGAAGCGCAGGAGAGAAGUGGCAGAAAAAGCAGCCGAUGAGACAGAGAGAGUCACUGCCCUGUUGAGGGACAUCAGGAAACAGCUGGAAGCCCUAGAGAAGAGACUCCUGAAAAAGAUAUCCAGGUAUAAUGAGAACAUUUCCCUCAAACGUUGUGAUCCAAUGCAGCAGCCAAAAGUAUGGGAUCCUUUCUGGGGAAUGUAUCCAUACUCCAUGGCACACAGUCAAAGGACAGAGAGGGAAGAUCAAAAUGUACCCGAUCUAUGGACUUUAAUCUCACAGAAGUUCCUCACAGGAUUAGAUGAGAUUGUGGACGAUGUAAAAGAGAAGAUCCAUGGACACCAGGUUCGACCACAAGUUCAUGAUGUUGUGGGAAAGAAUGUCCCUGAACACUCUGUCAAAGCUGUUGGGUUCCCUUCAGUGAAGGCAGCGAAAAGGGGUUUGAGGCACAGAGAAUGGCCCUUGAAGAGAACAACACGCUCUGACCAGGAGACUGAAGGACGGGUUCCACUGCGGGUUCAACCACGAGUUCAUGUUCCUGGAGAGAAAGUCCAUGAACACUCUAACAGGGGGUUCUCUUCAUUUGCAUUGACGCCAUUACCAAUGGAAGAAUUAAGAAGUUCUACAUUCUUCCAAGACUAUGUUGGAAAAGAGGCAGAGAGUCAUGGGGCAGAGAGAAAGUCAUGGGGCAGAGAGAGAGUCAUGGGGCAGAGAGAAAGGCUACACAGUCUAUUCAGUAAGAUGAGAGCACCCCCUGACCGCAAGACUGAAGGACAGACAAGUGCAUCACCCACACUAAAGUGUGUUGCGGUCCAAUCCGUAUUUCCUAAAAGCUGCUCACCACUCCUCGACAGCUUAGAAGGGGCACCAGAAAAGAGGCUAUUGAUUCCGAGCUUCGCAAAGGAGGAAACCACCAAAGCGGAGGAUACCCUUUUCAAUAUCGACACUUCCGAUAUGGAUUUAUCAACGUUAUCAUUAUCUUCAUCAUCGUCGUCGUCGUCAUCAUCAUCAUCAUCAUCAUCAUCAUCAUCAUCAUCAUUUGGUUUUCAAAAUUUUCUCCUGAAUUUUGAGUCUUUAUUUAGAUGAAUUCUGUCUCUUUUAUCAGAGAGACUGUCUUCAGUGGCCCUACUUGCUUUCAGUAUGAGAUCUGGCAGAGAGAGUGCUGGCUGGGACCCAUCUAACAGUCCCUAGAUAGUCGCUCCCCAGCAGAGGUCGAGGUUGUCAUCUGGACUUACAACACUUAGCUGGGCUUCUCCUGGGAGCUUGAGUUUUUCUGUAGCAGAGCUGGGCUAAUAGCAGCUCCAUGCCCUGGAGUACCUCUAGCUAGACAAAUGUUGGUGUGGCCCAUUGGGGUAAUCUCUGGAGACAUGGAGGUCUGUAUGGGAUUGGAAAUUAGAAGCAGGGCUCAGCAUGAAAUCAGACCAGAGAGGGAACCUCCUGGGAGAGGGGGGGUGCAGGUUUUCUGAUGGUGAAGAUGCCAAUAUAUCUGCCAAAAAUGUUGCCCAUUUUACACUAAGCUCCUCCACUUCCAAGAAUGCAGUUCAGGAUUGUUUUGCAAAAAACAGGACCAUUCAAAACAAUGCAGAACCACAGAAACAGGGCCUGGGAUAGUGAGACACAUAGAGAGAUACUGGGUGGGCUGAACACCCUUAGAAGACCAAGAGCACCCAGAGUAAGAGAACCCAGGGUUUGGUUUGGUGUCGGUGGAGCACUAGGUGGGUGAGCACCAAGAAAGCACCUUAUACCUGAUUCUUAUGGAUGAAUUGGGGUUUUGAUAUUCAUUUUGAUAAAAGUGCUUAUUAAAGGGGACAUAUACCAUAUUUUUCAACAAAGGCUCAAUCAAUUGGUUUUGUAAUAAAAUUGAUUAAAACGUUGUGUCUCAUA